GCCUGGGGUGGGAGAAGGGAGCGUGAGGGAGCGAAAGGUGAGCGGAGCUGAAGGAAGGGACAGGCUGCCGGGCGCCCCCAGUCUAUGGAGCGGGGUAAGAUGGCGGAGGCGGAGAGCCUGGAGACGGCGGCAGAACACGAGCGGAUCCUGCGAGAAAUCGAGAGCACCGACACGGCCUGCAUCGGGCCCACGCUCAGGUCUGUCUAUGAUGGUGAGGAACAUGGACGAUUCAUGGAGAAGCUUGAGACUCGCAUCCGCAAUCAUGAUCGAGAAAUUGAGAAAAUGUGCAACUUUCACUACCAGGGUUUUGUGGACUCUAUUACUGAACUGCUGAAAGUGAGAGGAGAAGCUCAGAAACUCAAAGUGGGCCUUAAUGUCCUGGUUCAGAAAGCCAACAAGUUCACCCCAGCCACACGCCUUCUCGUCCAGAGAUUUGUGCCAUUCCCUGCUGUAGACCCCAAGGCAGAGUGUGCCACGCUCGUUUUACAGAAGAAUAAGAGAAUUCAGACUUCUGAAAGUCACACUGACCUGGACAAAGCCUGGGCCUCCCAGGCCCCCUGUCCUCUGUGGCUGAGAAACUGA